AUGGCCCUGCUCCCGCAGCGCUUCCUCUGCUUCGUGCUGGCUCAUCACUUCAUCGCAGUGACAGCGUGCCAGCAGGCAGACUAUGGCUGGAUGAUCCAGCACUACUGCCUGAAGCAGUUCCAGCUCACCAUGGAGGGCAUCGGGCAACGGCUCUGGUGUGACUGGGAUGAGACUGUGGGCACCUAUGGGGAGCUGACCAACUGCACCGCGCUCAUCGCAGAGAGGCUGGACUGCUACUGGCCCAACCGGCUGGUGGACGAGUUCUUCGUGGCCGUGCACAAACAGUACUUCAGGAACUGCUCCCCCUCGGGCCGGGCGCUGCACGACCCCCCCAACAGCAUCCUCUGCCCCUUCAUCCUGCUGCCCAUCCUCAUCACCUUGCUGAUGACCGCGCUGGUGGUAUGGAGGAGCAAACGCAGUGAGGGCAUCGUGUAG